AUGCCUUGCACCGAGCAGAUCACCUUGUAUACGACCACGUUCUCGCCGUACGGCCAUCGGGCGCAUAUUGCUCUCGAAGAGGCGGGCGCGGAGUACACCCUCUGCCAAAUAAACGUCCAUCGCGACAAGCCGGAAUGGUACAAGCGUGUCAAUCCGCUCGGAAAGGUCCCCGCCAUCACUUUCGGAGGUCCACAGGUCCCGCCCGACGAGCCCUCCCCGGAGUCCGAGAAGCUCGUAGAGUCACUCGCGCUGCUCGAGUUCGUCGCCGACGUCUUCCCAGAAGCAAAGCUCCUCCCCGCAUCCCCCGUCCAGCGCGCCCGCGCCCGCGCGUUCAUCGCCAUCUACCAGAACUACCUGCACGACCAGUUCCGCGACGCGUUCUUCCGCGGAGAGCCGGUCGGGCCCUUCCUCCAGGCGCUCGAGACGCUGCAGAGCGCGCUGCCGCCCGCGGGAUUCGCGGUGGGCGAGUGGUCGCUCGCGGAGGCGGCGGUCGCGCCGUUCCUCGCGCGCAUGAUGUUGUAUCUUGACGCGGGGCUGGGGAAGUACAGCGAGGCGGACGGGGAGACCAUGCGGGCGGCGCUGGCGAGCGAGCGGUUUGCGCGCAUUAGUCAGUAUGUGCGGGAUAUACGUGCGCGCGCGAGUUUCGUGAAGUCGUGGGGCGGGGAUGAUGUGCAACUCGAGGCGGCGAAGGCUAUCCCGAUGCUGCGACGACCGGCGUAGAGGAUAUCUUGAGUCAGAUUGUAUGAUAGCAUGACUAUAAUGUGAACACC